AUGAAUGCUGACUUGUUUCUCAGCGGAUGCGGCGUUGUCCAAUAUAUCGCUACCGACGAGGCUCAGACAAAAGGAUCAUGCACAAUAUUCCCCAAGAAUGCCACGGAGACUAUCAAAGAUGGCUCCAGUGAUUCGUGGACUCUUGCCGUGCCUGUUGAGAAGACACCCAAGGUAUUCGGCGGCAUUGCGUUGCGAUCUGCUAGUCCUAUUCACUUCGCCAACGUGAACGCAGCGGAGCUUCAAUUCUUUCUCAACAAGAACACAUCGACUUAUUGCCCAUCUGGUGUGGAAGGUCUUGACUGCUCGGCAUUCAACAGUAACCAGACGAUCUUCACCCAGGCCGUUAAUUCGACUACGCUCUCUCUGGAUGUGACGGUACCUGGUGGCCAGCAGGUCUAUGUCACAGAUUGUGACGAGAAGAGUGGUCAGCUUGCUGGUGAGCUGAAGUUCACUCAAGCUCACCCUGCUUUUACUCCAGGUCCAGCACUCUAUGAGGGUUUCACAAUCUCUGCUGCCGGUGAUCUUCAAUUCGAGAACAAGGACUGGUUUGCUUGUCCGAUCAAUGAACCCAACAGUGGCUACGGUAUUUGGUCCGUGGCUCGUCUAGAGGGAUCCAAUGCCGGUGAAGGUUGUCUCGGCUUCUCAUUUCGCGUCGUAGAACUCGACGAGAAGGUCAAGACUGCGUGGCAGUACAGCUAG